AUGGACGACCUAAAAAAGAAAAAAAGACUGCAACGUGCAAGUUUCACAAGAGAACUCAACGUUUUGAAUCAAGGACUUGAAGCGGACAUAAACGCACAAAGUCUAAAAAUUUCCUUUCACAUGUUGGAAGAAAAAAUGACACAAUUGUCCGCCACGACUGAAAAAUUCAUCGACUACAUAUUAGAAGAUCCAGAAACAACGGAUGAAGCACUCGAAAGAGAAGUCGAAGAGGCUGAUGAAUACAAGAGAAAAUACUUAUCAGCAAGAUUCAACGUGGAACAACGCUUAAAUGCACCGACCGACGUUGUUGUGACGCACAACGGAACCACGCCACAAACUGAAAGUCGAAAAACCUACAGAUUGCCACAAAUCGAGUUGUGUAAAUUUGGAGGCGACAUCAAGGAAUGGCUUCAAUUCUGGAGCUUAUUCAAGAAAAUCCAUGAAGAUUCGAAUUUAUCCAAGGAGGACAAAUUCCAAUAUUUAAUACAGGCGAUGAUUCCGAAUUCACGAGCCGCAUGUUUAGUGAAAAGUUAUCCCCCCACGGGAGAUAAUUACGACAAAGUAAUAUCUGGAUUAAAAAAUAGAUUCGGUAAUGAUAGUCUGCAAAUAGAAGUUUACGUGAGAGAACUUUUGCAGUUGGUACUGAAGAAUUCUAUUACACCGGCAAAAGAUAUUCAACUCUCCACGUUAUAUGAUAAAAUUGAAUCUCAUUUGCGGGCCCUAGAGUCCCUCGGUGUUACCUCCGACAAGUGCGCCGCCAUGUUAUUUCCCCUAGUGGAAUCUUCCUUACCAGAGGAACUACUUCGCGCUUGGCAACGGAGCAGCGCCAUGCAUGCUAGUGUUACGCAAGAUACCGAAAAUGCCGAAAUACAUGCUGAAGAUAGGUUAACGCAACUUAUCAAAUUUCUCGAAGCCGAAGUUCAUAACGAAGUUCGUAUUUCAAUGGCUGUGAAGGGUUUUGAUUUAAAAUCGAGUGAGCAAAGUGAUAACGCGAAAAAUAAAAAAUCAAAAAAUCGCAGUGAUGAUAAAAACAUUCCCUCGGCUACGGGAUUAUUGUCAACAAAAGACAAAAUUCAACCGUGUUUAUUUUGUGACUCUACCGAUCAUCAAAAUGCUACUUGUGAAAAAGCUAAAAAAAUGACAAUUGUACAAAGACGCGAAAUCGUCAAAUGUAAACACGCUUGCUUUAAUUGUCUAAAAUUUGGACACGGGUCCAGACAGUGUACUACUAAGUUGAAAUGUGAGUGGUGCUCUCGUUGA